UCAGAUUCACUUUCUAUUUCCCAUUUAUCUCUCCACCCCCUCAUUCCAUUUCUUCUUCAAAAAAAUCUCUCCCACUCCACUCUCCAUAAUUCAUCAGCCCAUCACUCUUCUUUCUCUGAAAAAACUAACACCCAAAAAAGAGAGCAAAAUGAAGGGGUGUUAUUAUUCUUAAUUUUUUUUAAGAAGAAGAAAAUGAUGUUGGGUAAAAGAGGACGUCCACCGAUGAGGAGGACAACGAGCAUGACAGGGAUCACCGUUGAUAUAGGGACAGGGACUGGCAGUGAACAAGAGCCGUCUGAUUAUAGGCCUAAAGUUAUGGUUGAUCAUCAUGAUCAGUUUAAGGGUUCAUCAGAGAAGCAAGUAAUUAUUAGUAGUACUACUGCAAGUGGAUAUGAUCAUCAAUAUUCUAUGGCGGCGAUGGUGUCGCCGAGAUACCAAAGGAGAAUUUCAGGCGAAGGUUUUCAAACAGAGACGGCUAAUUUCUUGAGAACUUGUGGUCUUUGUAACCGCCGGUUGGCUCCCGGACGAGACAUCUACAUGUACAGGGGUGAUAUCGCAUUUUGUAGUAUGGAGUGUAGGGAACAACAAAUGAAGCAAGACGAAAGGAAAGAGAAGUCCAAUAAGCUUAAUUCAAACAAGACAGAAAACCAUCACAAUCACUCAGAAUUUCCCUCUGCUAACUCUGAAACUUCCAGCAAGAGCGAAACUAUAGCAGCAGCUUGAACGAAGAAGGAAAAAAGAAUGGUAAAUGGAAAGAAAGCUAUGAAAAGUUAAUAUAUAUAUCCAUGCACGUAAGGAAUAUGCUAUUGAUUGGGUUUUAGGGGUUUUGAGUUUCCAUUUACCUUUGUGGCUUCAGCUAUGUCCAAUGUAUUUGUAAGUGGACAAAAACUUUUUUUAAAAAAAGGACCUGAAAAUAGUGUAAACUUAUAGUAGCACAUAUUCUUAAAGUAAAAAUAACAGUAUAUAGUUUUGUUGAUGGA